AUGUCUAAGCGAGAAAGAAGUGAAGACCGAUAUGUCUUUGUAUCAGGCUUUAGCAGUAAUGCAAAUUCUCAUUCAAUUGCAAGAGCUUUUGCUACUUGUGGGAAAAUCGAACGAAUCCAUUUCAGAAACAGAAAAAACUGCAUAGUUUGGUUCGAGGAGUCAGAAAGUGUCUGGAAAGCAUUAAAAUUUCAUGGAACAAAGCAGCCUUCACUCAAUGCAAAUAUAUUAAAAGUGUCUGUGUCUCAAGAAUUCCAACCAGCUAAGAAGCCUAAGCCUUGCAGCGGAUCGUUUAUAGUACUUGAUCCACCAAGGUUUAAUAACUUCAUGAUUCCUAUUUUACCGUCAUUUAUGUAA